CAGUUGCCUUUUUCCUCUUCAAAAGAAAAGUCAUUGAGAUUUGCAGUAAAAGUAUUUUAUUGCAAAGUAAUUAAGAAUGAUAUUAAAAAUAAACAAAAAAAAAGUGUCUGCUCCAAACAACUACGUAAAUGUAUAGUUAAUUAAAACGGAUUUGAUUUUAGAUAUAUGGAGAUUUUAUAAAAAGAAAGAAAAAAUUAAAACAUUGCAUUCACUCUUACAGAUAGAAUGAAAAGAAAAUUAAACAAGAAUUGCGAAAGAAAACAAAAGCAAUCGUAAUUUACUUAAGAGAACGAAAAGAGGAGAAAACAUAAACUAAAAGGUGUUAUUUUUUUUUAUUUAUUUAUUUUUUUUAAAAGGAAGGAAACAAAAGUUAUGGAAGGUUAACCUUUAAAGUAUGUUUAAAAAAGAAAAAUAUUUUCUUAUUGAAUAAUAAAUAAUGAACUUUUAAAAAAGUGCUAUGAAAAUUUUCAUUUUCAUAAUUGUAAAGUGCGAGUUUGCGGCGUCAGUGGCUAAAAAUACAUAAGCAACACAACUAACGGCAACAACAGCAACAACAGCAAUAAAUAGCCGUUAAGACGUACACGUUACAGUGACAGUAUGAUGCACUGCUCCGUCAUAUAAAGCUAAUUACAGCGUAAAUGCAAUUUUAAAUCACGCAACUCGCUUUACUUCUUUUUCUUUCGCAUUUUUAUUUACUUUCGUUUUCAUUUUUAAGUUAAUUUCACGAAACUACGAAUUUUGUCGCUUUCAUUUUUCGUAUAAGACAUACUCAGCACUCAGCACAGAUUCAAUUUCAUCUUUACAAAAUGUUACCAAAGUUUUUAAAUAAUCAGCAAAACUUUUUGACGACGAGACGACUGCAAUGCACAGGUUUUGUGAUAAUGCUGAUGAUGGGCUUGUUGCUGGCAACACAAACGCAAAUCAGUAUCGCCGAACGGGAUUUCAAUUUUAAUGAUUCACAGGUUCCUCUAAUUGAACCGAAAGAUGAACCUACGGUCAUUGUAUUUGAUGCCGGCCAUCAUCAUCAUUAUCAUCAUAAUAAUCAACAAUUACAUCCACAUCAGGAUCCUUAUGCUGUCGAAUUGUCACAAUGCCAUUACGGUGAUAGUGAAUUCGUACUUUCCCUUGUGCUCAAGAACAAUAAUUGGCACGAUUUGAGUGAUACCAGAAAGGCCAAGGUAUUGGGGAAAUUAUCUCAAUUCUUUGCCAUACCCAAGGAAUUUAUAACAAUGGAAAGUGUAACAAAACACGGACUGUAUGAAAUGCAAAAGUAUUCUGUGAAAAGAGGAACUAAUAAGUGCCAUCAUAAUAAUCGCAAAUUGGGACGUGUUAACUUUAUUAUUGGUUGUGGUACAAAAUACUUUAGUAUGGGUGAACCGAUAGCAAAACAAAUAGGCCAACAAGUAAAGGAUGGUUCAUUGGAUAAUAUCACGGGUGAAAAAUUCGGUUGGUGGAUAAUCUGGCGUAAAGAAUACAAAGAUAUUAAGCUAAGUAGAAAUCGACGACAAGUAGAGGGUUCCGGCGAUGACGAUAAUGACGACUACGAAGAAGAUAAUUAUGAAUACGAUGACGAGGAAGAUGCUGUGCAAGAAUCUGCCACGGAUAUACCUACUACUACAACUCAUGCUCAUCGUCAUCAUCACGGCGAUAAUAGCGCACAGCCUGAAUUAACAUCAAAUACCUUAGAGUUGACUAACAACAUUGAUAACAUCAAUACCAACAUCAACACGCUCAGCGUUCACGAUAACAGGAAUAAUAUUGAUGUUACUCCUAACGAAGAAGGCACAAUGUCCACAGCUCAAAAACAUACCACUAAUAACUUAGAAAUUGAAAAUGUUUCACCUCAAUUGGAUGGCAAUUUAAUGCUUUCGAAUAAACAGCAACAACCAGCCGCCGCUGUGGGCAGCGGCCUAGAUGAGGAAAUUGUUGAAAGUGUUUCACAAUUGGAAUCAGUGAUAACGAAGACAAUUGAAAAUACGAAAAAUUUAAAUGAAGCAACCGUGGAUGCCGAGGAUCCGGUAGUCGAUGAUGAUCUUGAUAAUGAAUCCGAUGAUUUAGAAGUAUUGCAACCGAUUUCCGAUUUAAUUACAAACAAUCGAAAUGUUAUUCAUCUAUCAAAUUUAAAUUCAAUUUACAAUGAAUUUGCAAGUAAAACGACUGAGAAAGUUUUGGAAGACCAUAAGACAAAUAAUAAGGAAAGUAAUCAAGAUUUCAAUGUUGCCGAAAUUAUUGAUAAUUUAGCUUCGGCAACACAAAUACAAACGCCCAACUUGUUUAAUACAAACAAAAAUGAAUCUUAUAUGAUAUCUACACAAUCGUCGAAUGUAACAUUUUCAACAAGUAGACGGCAUAACGAUGAAGGAGGGCAAGAAAAUUUACAAUAUCAGCAGCAAAUUUUCGAUGAUAAUAAAGAUUUUAAUCAACAUAAUGUAAAUUCCACUUCAUAUUCCUCUCCAAUAUCCUCCUCUUACUUUCCGUCUCCUAAUAAUGUAAACAUAUUUUCAUCAACUUCUUCAUCAUUACCGCCGGCAACUGUUUCAAUCGAUGCCACUUUAACAUCUCCAUCACAAUCAUCAUCAUCAUCAUCAUCAUCACUAUCAUCAUCAUUAUCAUCGCCAUCGUCGUCGUCGUCGUCGUCGUUGUCGUCGUCAUCAUCAUCAUCAUCAUCAUCAUCGUCGUCAUUAUUGUUGUCUCCUUCUGUGACAACUUCGUCAACAACACCCGUAGCCACUACUACAACUACUACUACUAGUACUGUUAUAACAACUGCAAUUAUGAUGCAAAACAAGAAUUUGUCAACAACACGACUAAGGGCGAAAGCAUCGACACCGUUGUCGACAAAUGAAUAUAUUGAAAAUGGCAUAACAACAGCCGAUGAGUCGAUGAGUGUUAUGGAAAAUCGGGAUAAUAGUGUAAAAACAAUAAAAGAAAUCUUAAGCCAGAGCAAUGGCAAUAAACCGAAAGGUUUAACUGCAUUAUCUAUUAUACCAAUAACUGGCAUAACGACACCAAUUCCAGUAACGGCGGCAGCAGCAGCAGCAGCAGCACCAGCAGCAGUAAUAACACCAAUGCCAACGCCAGCAACAACGGAAAUCGAAACAUUGAUAUCAAUAACUAAAGCCUGGGCUUCGUUAACAAGCGAUAAUAACAACUAUAAUAAUAGUAACAGCAAUGUUGUUGUUAUUGAUGAUGAUGACGGUUAUUUGGUUGAUGAUGCUAAUGAACGUGUACCAGCCAGAACAAUGGCACCAUUAACCACAACCAUAAUACCCACAACUGAAUUGGCUAUGGCAAUAACUACAGCAACAACAGUAAAUGCAUCAACUAUACCGCUAUUAAUGACAACAUUGAAAUCCCUGAAAACCGAAAUGAUAUCGACGGUGUUGUUGUCGUCGCCGCCGUCUGAUUAUAAGUUUAACAACAAGGAUGGCAAUAUCGAUGUUAAGACCACUCCUGAAGAUGCCGAAGAAUAUGAGGAUUCCGCUCAAUCGCUUUCGAGCACCGUCCAAACUGAAUUUGAAUCUUCCUCCUCGAAUCCUACUCUCUCAUAUACGUCAGGCGGCUCUACUGCGAGCACCGCCGCUUCAUCUACCAUCGCAGAAACCACCACUACCACCACCGCUGUACCCGAUUAUGUGGAACCCAAAAUUGAAAAUUCCCCACCGAUUAUUAGAUUACGUUUACAAAAAUUGGCUGUUACUUCAGGCAAAUCGUUUAAGUUCACCAUACCCGAAGGCACGUUCUACGAUAGCGAAGAUAUGAAUAAUUUACGCUUAGAGAUAACCGAUAAGGAUGGUCAUGAAUUAAAAACCAACUCAUGGUUACAAUUUAAUUCAGAAGCUCGAGAAAUUUAUGGAUUACCAUUGGAUGAUGCCGUUUCAAAAUGGCAAUAUCGUCUUACAGCCACCGAUUCGGGCAAUGAAUCUGUAACAGAAACUGUUGAAAUUUCGGUGCAACAACAUCGUGGUGUACGCACUGUUAAUCAUGAAAUUAAUAUUGCGGUUAAAAUUAAUGAGAAAAAUAUUCAUUACAUUGAUUGGCAAUUGAAACUGAUUGAGGCUAUCGCUACUACCAUGGGAGACAAUAGCACGAAAUCAAUUGUUGUUCGCGAGAUAAGGCAAACAUCUCAAGAUCCUCAUACUGCUACUUUGGUUUACUUUAAUGAAACAAUACCGACAAGUCAAUGCCCGGAAUCGGAAUUAAAUAAUUUAGUUAAACAUUUGGAUGCUCAACGCUUGAGUGAUUUAGUGCAUCCCAUAUUGGGUAUUAAAUCUAUUACUGGCCAGCUAACCGGACCUUGUCAAAAGAUAGUGUCUAUUAAACCGAAAACACCGUCCAUUAGUGUGAAGAACUCACCACCAGUUCCACGUAAUCAAGUUGAUCGUGUAGUGGCAACUACAGGGCAUCUAUUGGUUUAUAAAGUACCCAGUGAUACUUUCUUUGAUCCCAAUGAUAAUGAAUUGAAAUUGAAUUUAAAAACUAAAGAUAAUAAAGAUUUAAAUCCACGUCAUUGGUUGCAAUUUGAUGUAAAAAAUCAUGAAUUUUAUGGUAUACCGAAAGGUGGAGAUAUCGGUCCCGAAGAAUAUUUAUUGGUGGCAGAAGAUUCUGGCGGUUUAACGGCCACAGACGCUUUAGUUGUUCAAGUUAAUCAUGCACCUAAACGGGAGUUUAGCGUUUACUUCAAAAUCUAUUUGGCCAUAAGGCAUGAACAGUUUAACGCUGAUUUGCAACGGAAAUUUGUCGAACGUAUAGCUCAACUGUUUGGCGAUGGCUCUACGCAGAAUAUACAAAUACGAUCGGUGACAACACAUCAUGACGCCGAUGGCACUAUAGUGAAUUUCUACAAUACUACGUUAUUUAAAAUGCAUAAUCGUUGUCCGGAAGAGGAAAUCGAAAUGGCUCGCAACAUCUAUUUGGAUGGUCAUGCUGUGAGAGACAAAGUUAAAAAAUUAAUGGGACCAGAACUGAAUGUCACCAAUGUUCAGUUGUCAACAUUAGGAAUAUGUAAUCCGCAAACCGAUGUUACUCAUCGUGAAUUUAUACCCAAUCGAACUGAAGAACCUUUAUUGAGAUCUACAUUCUCCGAUGACUAUAUGUUUACCAUAAUUAUGCCGGCGAUUAUUAUUGUAGUUAUGGUUCUAGUAGCGGCCAUAAUAGCUUGCUGUUUACAUCGUCGAAGGCGUAAAAGUGGUAAAAUGGAAUUGGGUGACGAAGAAGAACGUAAAUCGUUUCGCACUAAAGGCAUACCUGUGAUCUUUCAAGAUGAAUUGGAUGAGAAACCGGAAAUCGGUAACAAGAGUCCCAUUAUAUUGAAAGAUGAGAAGCCACCAUUACUGCCACCGUCCUACAAUACGUCCAAUAUGAACGGUGAUAAUGAUGUCGAUGAAUACGUGCCGCCGCCAGCCGUAGUUGUGGGAGGUCGCGAAGCGAGAGGGAAAUCGCCGGCUACGCCAUCAUAUCGUAAACCGCCACCAUAUGUUUCACCAUAAAUAAAACUUAAAAAAAAAAAAUAAUAAACAAAUCAAUAA